GCUGCUGAAGCUCGGCGCUCGGGUUACCCCUGCAGCGACGCCCCCUGGUCCCACCGGUCCCGCUGCUGCUCCCGCCCCUUAGCUUCUCGACCGCGCAAUGGGCACCCGCGACAACGAGUACGACUACCUUUUCAAAGUUGUACUUAUUGGAGAUUCUGGUGUUGGAAAGAGUAAUCUCCUGUCUCGAUUUACUCGAAAUGAGUUUAAUCUUGAAAGCAAGAGCACCAUUGGAGUAGAGUUUGCAACAAGAAGCAUCCAGGUUGAUGGGAAAACAAUAAAGGCACAGAUAUGGGACACGGCAGGGCAAGAGGGAUACCGAGCCAUAACAUCAGCAUACUAUCGUGGAGCUGUAGGUGCCUUACUGGUUUAUGACAUUGCUAAACAUCUCACAUAUGAAAAUGUAGAGCGGUGGCUGAAAGAACUGAGAGAUCAUGCUGAUAGUAACAUUGUUAUCAUGCUUGUGGGCAAUAAGAGUGAUUUGCGCCACCUCAGGGCGGUUCCUACAGAUGAAGCAAGAGCUUUUGCAGAAAAGAAUGGUUUGUCAUUCAUUGAGACAUCUGCUCUAGACUCUACAAAUGUAGAAGCUGCUUUUCAGACAAUCUUGACAGAGAUAUACCGCAUUGUUUCCCAGAAGCAAAUGUCAGACAGACGUGAAAAUGACAUAUCUCCAAGCAACAAUGUGGUUCCUAUUCAUGUUCCACCAACCACUGAAAACAAGCCAAAGGUGCAAUGCUGUCAGAACAUAUAAGGUGUUUCUCUUCUCCCCUAGAAGGCUGUGUAUAGUCCAAUUCCCAGGUCUGAGAUUUAAAUAUAUUUGUAAUUCUUGUGGUCAUUGUUGUGUUUUAUUACUUCCUCAUACUUAUGAAUUUUUCCAUGUCUUAAGUCUAUUGAUUUUAGCUUUAUAAAAUCAUCCACUUGUCCCAAAUGACUG